AUGGUUGAAGUUAAUAAACUAAAAAGUAACAACAGUCAAGUUGGAUUGCUUCCUAUGGAUUUAGCGGAAUCUAAUGAAAAUGAUCGCAAAAUAUAUCACAGAUGCUUUUACCCUGUUUUACAAAAACUUGUUUUUGUAAUUGUUUUAACCAUAAUGGCAGGCGGAAUAUACAUUUUAAUUUUUUGGUGGUUAGAAUGUGAUGAUAAUUUUAGAAAUUCUGAAAUUAUAGUUUUAUCUGAACUCAAUGAAAAUUCUAAUAUAACAUUAGUUCAAGAUGAUGUCGAAAUUCAUUUAAGGCUUCGCAAUAAAACAUCAAAUUAUCCAGGAAAGCGAAAAAAGAGACAAGCGUCCAUACAAGCGGCUAAAAUUAGUGCUAGUAAUAAUCAUAACAAAGGCAUGGUAUUCGAUGAGUCUUAUAUUCAGAAAGCAAGGAAGAUUAUAAAGGAGCAUAAUAUGAUAUGUAGCGAAAGAAACCACGAAGAAAUAUGCAAAGACUUAGUUUCAAAGCUGCGGCUUUUGACAAAAAAUGCAGAAAGUGAUAAAACAGCCAUGAAGGAACAUGCAGAUAAAUAUAUAUUUAACAAUAAAAAUAUGUUUGGCGAAAAGACUUCAACUGAUAUCUCUAAACGAGACACAUUACAAGUAAGACAUGACAAAUCGUUGAAGGUCAUAAGUGAAAACGAUGUUUCUCCUGCUGUACUCAAACACGAAUAUCCGCGUGAAAAACUAACUGAUACCUGUCUUCUAGCUCGUCUUUUAAAGCAAAGCUAUCCCCAUUUGCAAGGUGUUUAUGACAAUACAAAUGCAGAGUUUGCAUCACUUACUCAUCCACAGUUCACAAGGUUUACGGACAAAUACGCUGCCUCUGUGAUGAAUUCACCACUUUAUAGAGUUGAUGACGUAGAAAAGCACAAAAUUCAUCCCCAAGACGUUGAAAUUGCAAUGCAAUUUUUCCCUAAAUCGGAGCCUACUUCUUUAGAACACUCUUCUAACUCAACCACAAAUGAUGUCACCUGCCCAGAAGAGACGAGACCUUGUUUAAACGGUGAAGCUUGCAUUUCUGAGAAUCAGUGGUGUGAUGGAAGCGUUGACUGCACUGAUAUCAGUGAUGAAGCUCGGUGUAGUUGCAAAUCUAGAGUAGAUAAAUCUAGAAUUUGCGAUGGUUAUUUUGACUGUCCUUUUGGGGAAGACGAAAUGGGAUGCUACGGGUGCAACGAAGAUAUGUUCAGUUGUGAAGAUUUUGAUAAAAACUCCCAGAGCACUUGUUUUUCUAAUGAUCAAAGAUGCAACAAUGUAGCUGAUUGCCCUAAUCAUAAAGAUGAAAUUGACUGCAGCUUACUUGCUCCGAGCUUACACAAAAAACCGUUAUUCGCUGUUUCAAAUACUGAAGGAUUUCUACACAGAAACUUUAAGGGAACUUGGUAUCCUGUAUGCAAAAAUCCUUAUAUGUGGGCGCAUGAUGCUUGCCGACGAGAAACUGGUCUGAUAAUAAGACCACCAUUUAUUCAAUUAAUUGAAAUAGAUCCCUUAACAAGGACUGACUAUUUAAAUACCGCUCCAGGAGGCUUAAUGUAUACGAGUAGGACAUGCUUUAAUACAUCUGCGGUUUAUGUCACAUGCCCUAACUUAUUAUGUGGGACAAGGGUACUAACAAGCACUCAGAUAUUGAGACAGAAUGCUGCCAUCGAGAGUGACCUCUACGGCCGUAAUAAAAGGUUUCUACUUAAAAACAGACUGUACCCCCUGAUGUUUUAUAGUAACCGAUUUAAAAGGCUUGCGAAUAAUGUAAUAGUAAAGCCACACGGUAAUACAAAGAGAACCAAAAGAACAGAGAGUAGAGUUGUUGGGGGAAGGCCUAGUCAGCCAGCAGCAUGGCCUUGGGUUGUAGCUUUGUACAGGGACGGAAUAUUUCAUUGCGGUGGCGUCAUUAUAAACCAGCACUGGGUCAUGUCAGCAGCCCAUUGCGUUAACAAGUUUUGGGAGCAUUACUAUGAAAUACAAGUUGGUAUGCUACGACGCUUUUCGUUCUCACCACAGGAACAAAAUCACCGCGUCACACAUGUUAUUGUAAAUCAAAAUUAUAACCAGGAAGACAUGAAAAACGACCUUUCAUUAUUACGGGUUAAACCUGGCAUACAGUUUAGUCGUUGGGUACGGCCAAUUUGCUUACCUGGACCCGAAACGGCUGGUCCGAACUGGCGAGUUGGUCCUGAACCAGGAACUAUCUGCAUAGCUGUCGGUUGGGGUGCUACUGUCGAACAUGGACCAGAUCCUGAUCACAUGCGCGAAGUAGAAAUCCCAAUUUGGAGCCAUUGCAAGCAUGAAGAAGACGAAGCUGGCAAGGAAAUUUGUGCUGGAUUUGAAGAAGGGGGGAAAGAUGCAUGUCAAGGUGAUAGCGGCGGUCCCCUUAUAUGUAAAAAUCCUCUAAAUGCACAGCAAUGGUAUGUAGCUGGUAUUGUCAGUCAUGGCGACGGAUGUGCACGUAAAGAUGAACCGGGUGUUUAUACAAGAGUCAGUAUUUUCACAGAAUGGAUAAAAUUUCAUAUUCUUUCAAAUAGUCUACCAUCAAUACAACCGAAACAAGAAUGUCCAGGAUUUAGAUGUGAAUCGGGAAUUACGAAAUGCUUACCCAAAAAGAGAAUGUGUGAUGGAAUAAUUGAUUGCUUAAGUGGUGAAGAUGAAAUCAGUUGUGAUUAUAAGAAUCUAAAGACGUUUAGUGAUAAUACUUUAAGUGAAAGUAAUGAUGUAACAGAAACCAAAAACGGAAAACUAAAAACAGUAAAUGACACCUUUGAAAUAUUUGAAAAUAAAGAUGCAAACGUAAAAGUUUCUUUCAUGUCUACUACAUUAAACACACUAAAUACUGUGACAGAAUUUGAUAAUUUAGAAAUACAUUCACCAAAAUCGGAAGAUACACUUUCAACGGUUAAGCAGGAUAUAAACAACUCUUUACAAGACCUUACAUCUUUGGAAAACGACUUCAAGCAUGCGUCAACUAUUGAAAUUGAUAGUACUGAUACUUCAGAAGAAACAAGUAUGACACAAACUUCAAACGAACACGUAACUCUUGACCCUAUAAUAUUAACUACUAAUGAAAUAUUGGAUACACAUACAAUAUCUAUUAAUAAACCAAACAAUAUUUUGGAGACUAUGUCAUCGCAUGUAAAAGAGAACAGUAAUGAAUUUAAGGAAUCAAGAAGCUCACUUGAAUCUGAAGACAAAACAACUACAGGAACCACACCGUUUUUUAUAAAUUUAGCUUCUUCUAAAAAUAUAAGUAACCAAAUUUUAACAAUAAAUGAUGAAAUAACAACUUUAAAAAGCUUAUAUCAAUCGACAGAGCAAAAUGAAAUAAGUACAACUAAUCAUGAAAUGGAUCAUAUUACUUUUUCCAAAUGGAAUAAUGAUGUGAAUACAACAGAAAAUGCUUUUCAAGUAACGUUAAAUCAAGAAAGUCAGAUACAUGUUGAAGACCACUCUUCUGAACAUCCAACAGAAUUUCCAAAACAUUUGGAAGAAACUGCUACAAAUAAAAAUCCAACGACAAGUGGUCUUGACAAAAUGACGGUUAAUUAUAAUGUACAAAAACUAAACGAAUCUGAUGUUCUUGUCGAUGAAAAAUCUCAGAAUAUUUCAUAUGAAAUAAAAAAACUUCUUCCUGCGAAAAUUCUAAAUCAAUAUCGAGUUCCCAUAGAAUUUCAAUGUAGACGGAUUAAUCAAUCUGUGCCUUUUAAUAAGCGUUGUGACCAGAAAGCUGACUGUGAAGAUGGUACGGACGAACAAGAUUGUACAUGUAAAGAUUAUUUGCUUACAUUUAACAAAAAUCUUUUAUGUGAUGGAAAUUUUGAUUGCAUUGCUGGGCAAGAUGAACUCGACUGUUUUCUUUGUAGUGAAGAUCAAUUUUUAUGCAAGAAAAGUCAAACCUGUUUGCCGUCGCAAUAUGUUUGUGAUGGAAUUAUAAAUUGUCCUCAUGGUGAAGAUGAACAGGAUUGUUUUGCUUUAUCAAAUGGUAAAGAAAUCUUUUACGAAUUUGAUGGACAACCAAAGUUAAAAUUAGAUGGAUUUGUAUCUGUAAAACACAAAGGUGACUGGCAAAUUUCUUGUGAAGAUAAUUUGUCUUUACAACAACAAGAACAAACUGCAAAUGAUAUUUGUCAUUAUUUAGGAUUUCGUUCUGCCAACCGAUAUCUAAUAAAAUAUAUAAAUAUAAGAGAAGAAAAUUUACUUAGUGGAAAUAUAAUACAAAAACGGAGAAAAAGGAAUGUUAAGUCGCCUGUGCAUUUUACUUAUAUAAAUGCAAAUAGAAUUGACGAGCCACCUUCAGAAAUGUUAAUCAAAGAGCCUGAAGUUCUUAAAGAACAAUGUGUGCCAAAUAUAACAAAAACAUGUAUGACCGUUUAUGUCUUCUGUGAUCAGUCACUUUUUACUAACUUUCAUUUUACUCAAGAAGCGUCUUUUAAUCAAAAAACAGAAAACAACUUUAACUUGGAAUUGCCAUGGAUUGCAAAAAUUUAUGUUAAUGGCUUAUAUAAAUGUACUGGGGUUUUGAUAGAUCUUUCCUGGGUUUUAGUUAGCCAUUCUUGCCUGUGGAAUACACUUUUCAGCCGCCAGUAUAUUGCAGUGAUACUUGGUUCUUAUAAAACCCUUCCUUCAACAAUUGGGCCUUAUGAACAAAUAUUCCAAGUCGAUGCCAAAAGGGAUUUAUAUAAUAGCAAAGUUACUCUUUUACGUUUGAAUGGCAAAGCUAAAUAUUCUAGCAUGGUAAAACCAAUGACAACAAUGUUUACGUAUAUACCAGAAGAUAAUCAGACCGUUUGUAUUGCAGUAGGUGAAGAUCAUAGUAAUAAUACAAUAAGCGUGCUCUUGAAUGAAACAACACAUAACUGUUCUGCUCAUAAUAGGUGUUUUGUAUUAAGUUCGAAUUCCAGCAUUUGCUCUCCAAACGAAAUCUCACAACGACCGUGGGCUGGAAUUAUCAGCUGUCAUACUAAUCUGGGAUGGUACCCUGCUGCCUCGUUUGUAGAUAGCAGGGGAGAAUGUGGAAUAAGCAAUAAGAUAAUAAGUACUGAUAUUGGAAAUAUUAAAAAUGAAAUGAAGAUUUUAAAAGAUAAUUCCCAUCCAGGAUCCUCGAAUAUUGAACAACUCGAAGAAUGUGAGGGACAAAGAUGUGGACGCGGGCGAUGUAUAAAAUUACGUAACACAUGUGAUGGAAUAAGGCAUUGCGAAGACGGGAGGGAUGAAUCCCAAGAAGCUUGCGAAAAAAAGUCUCGAAUUUGUUCAGAAGAUCCUCAUUACAGUGGAUGUGACUGUACGGUUGAUCAACUAAAAUGUCAAAACGGCAGAUGUAUACCAAAAGAAUUAUUCAAAAAUGGCCAAGACGAUUGCGAGGAUGGUACCGAUGAACCUGGCCAAACGAUUUGUUCCGAUUAUCUCGGUCGUGUCAUGCCUUCGAGACUUUGUGACGGAGUACUUCAUUGCCAUGAUAGGAGUGAUGAAAAUCCUAAGUUUUGCAAAUGUUUUGCUAAGCACAGUUUUAUGUGUAAUAGAGCUUCAGUGGAAGGUAAUUGUGUCGCUUUUGAUAUGGUUUGUGAUGGCAUACGUGAUUGUCCUAAUGGAGAAGAUGAAAACACAUGUCUUGCGUUAAGUGCUCCUGAGGGCACACCUUAUGGUAAGGGCAAGGUGAUAGUGCGAUCUCAUGGAGUUUGGUACACGAAAUGUUUCUCCUCGCAAAACCACACUAAGUCCCAACUUGAAGGUAUUUGCAGACAACUUGGCUUCAUAAGUGGCCACGCAAAACAGUUACCGAUGCCUGAUAAAAUAAUAACACACCCUCAUAACAACCUCAUAGUGGAUUCCUUUAAUGAGGUUGUUUUCAAUGACAAUACAAAAAUAAAACUGAGGAAUACACAUUCACCAAUAGCAAAAGCAGUGACUGAUGACAAUUUAAAAGAUUGUUUCCCACUUUUUAUUGAAUGUCUAUAA